AUGACGCGCUUAUCGAAUCCCCCAGUUCUUUCUCAACUCUUGAGUGCAAGGAGCUACGCCGAACAGACGAGUGCGCUACGGGCGCUCAAGAACGAUGUCGUCGGGCAUGCACAGAAGAAGGAGAUGUGGGCUGGACUGGGCGCCCUGGACCCCAUCGUCAGGAUACUCAACGCCGCCCGAUCAUCAGCCAAGGUCAACGGCAAGGACACCCGGCCCAGUGCCAGCCCUCGGUGGGUGAGCGAGGAGGAGACUGUGAGGCUCCAGGCCCUUCAACUUCUGGCGAGCUUUGCCAACGGCGGCACCGCCUUCGUCGAACCUCUUCUCGCUGCCGGGGCGCUGCCAGCUGUGCUAGAUAACAUUUGCCCGAUCUCGAAUGCUCCCUUGCUCGUUACGACUGCUCUACGCGUUUUGCUCAACAUCAUCGAGGCUGCCGCUCUGGCGCAACCGACCUCACCAGUGGACACACAGGCCUUGGCCGAGGCCGUCUUUGCUUCUGAGCACAUCGAUUCGUUCAACAGCAUAAUAUCUAGCACAUCAACCACAUCCGAGCAACAAACACAAGUCAUUUUGGUAGCGAACAUAAUCAGUCAAUUAUGUCGGGACGAGAGGCACCAACUUGCCAUGGCGAGCCAAGGAGUGCUUGAUUCGCUCGCAACGCGACUGGCGAGCAUUGCCGUUGCCGAAGGGCACGUCAUUCCGUACGCUGAAGUACUCGGCCGGGUGGAUCGGAUGUCGGACUUCAUCCCGGAACCGGCACCGUCGAGCUCUACUCUGGCUCCGAUCUUGGAGGCACUGGCUACCAUCAUUUCAGACUCUCGAUUCAGAGCUUGCAUGCUGCUGUGCUCUCCGGCGAUCAUGGCCAUCUUUCCCGCCAUGAAGUUUACACCGUCAAGGGAGGUCAGAGCUCCUUGGAAUUCUCUUGAGGUCAGUGGCCUGGGGUUUGCACGGCAGCAAAGCCUCAGUGCCAUAGACUAUCUGCUUCCCGCCGUCCCCAUCCACCAAGGCCGGAUCUCUGGUUCGCAGCAAUCGCACUUCCCUGCUUUGGGUUCCUCCGAGGCGCGAGAGCGGGCUCGCUCAGCCGCGAGCAAGUACAGUUCUACAGCUUCCGUCUGGGAGGCCUCCCGCUUCGAGCUGUUUGGUAACGAAGCGGAACCUGAAGAGGAACAAGAGAGUCCUCUCAUCCCUUGGCUGGUUGUUUUGGUCAGAUCACGGCAGAAUUUGGAACGGUUGAUGGCCGCCAACCUUCUCACCUCGCUCUUCCGGUCUGGAUUCGGCAUUAAGUGCUUGAGAGAAACCAGUCUUGGGCUACUAGUUGUCCCUGUGCUCAUGGAGGUGUUGGAUCAGCUUCAGGCGGCGCCACCCGUUGUGAAGUCGCCCCUUGUCGAUGCCGAUACGGCACUGAAGUGGGCAAUGCUGGAAAGGACGCCAGCAAUACUCGCUCGAAUGAUCACGGACAGCGAGUCGCUUCAGAAAGCUGCUUUUGAUUGCGGAGCCGUCAAGUGCUACAGCAAACUCCUCAAGGAUGCGUAUGAGCCGAUUCCGCCGUCGGCAUACGCCAAGGUCUGGUCGCCGCAGGUGGACACAGCCAUGGAGACGGAAAGCACAUCUCCUUCGUGUGAUUUGGGCCCAGAAGGGCAGCCACCACUUCUGGCUCACAGAGUAAGGAUGCGCGAAAGCGCCCUCAAGGCGAUAGGCGCCCUGGCGGCUGGCAAGGACGAGUAUCGCAAGGCUUUUGUGGAGCAGGAUGUCGUCGCCCACAUUGUGCAGUCACUCUCGCCUACACCCGGCAAGCCGUCAAAUCCAAAGGAUCGCAGUAAACCCAACGAGCCGGAUGGGCCUGUCCGCGAUGGAUCUUCAUCCGACCAUAAUUCCGGGUACGGCAGCAAUCCGUUGUCGGUGCUGAUCGCAGGGUGUCACGCAGUCAGAAUGCUAUCGCGGUCUGUAAGCAUCCUCAGAACAUCUUUGGUGGACUACGCCGUGGCUGUUCCCCUCUUCCGCUUCCUCAGACAUCCUGACGUAGAUGUCCAAAUUGCUGCCACUGCAGCGAUAUGCAAUUUGGUCACCGAAGUCAGCCCUAUGAGAGAGGUUUUGGCCGAUAGGGGUGUUAUGAAGAUUCUGUGCGAGCAUGCCCACUCCCUCAACGCUGCGCUACGCCUCAAUGCUCUCUGGGCAUUGAAGCAUUUCGUCCAUGCCGUUGACCCUGAGACCAAGAAGCAUUGCCUGGAGGAGCUCGAGUCCGGUUGGUUGGUGCAGCUCAUCUGCGAUGACACAGAAGAUGACGCGCUGUUCCUCGCGAGGUCCAAGAUGGACAAGCAGAAUGCAGUGGACCCCGGGGACGACAUGGACGGUGACGUCGAAAUGGACCAGGCAGAUCCAUUGUCCAAGUCAUGGAUAAGCUCGACGAUGGCGCCGCAAGACGCGGAUGGCAAGCGAUCAGCUAAACUACGACAGGCGGAAGCCAAGCUAGCAGCUCUUCGCGAAGCUGAGAUCAACCCGCUACGGAAAGCACGGAACGACGACCUCGCCAUUCAGGAGCAAGGCCUUGACUUUAUCCGUAAUAUGAUAGGGGCGGCAGGCUCUGGAUCGAGCUCCGAAUCGCCAAGCGACACCACAGAGAUGAUUGACUACCUCUUCAGCGAGCUGGGACAGGACAGGUUCUUCGACAUCCUCGCUAGGAAGUUACAGGCCAAAGUCCUCCACCCAACGUCGAGACGGUCCGCAGGGUCGGGGCGCGAAACUCGGGUGCUCUACCCGCAGGCCAAGAUCAUUGAGGCCGUGGUGUUCAUCCUCGUCCACAUGGCGGCCAGCAUCCCGCGCCACCGGCAGCUCGUCAUUGCGCAGACGGACCUGCUCAAGCUGUUGGCGAACCACUUCAACAGCAAGGAUAAGGAGGUGCGGGUUGCCCUCUGUCACUUGAUCAGCAACCUCACGUGGCAGGACGACGACAGCGAUACGCGAGCGUGCGCCCAGCGGGCGUACGAACUGAAGAAGCUGGGUUUCUUGACUAAGCUGGAGGGGCUAGAAGACGAUUGCGAGCUAGACGUGCGGGAGCGGGCCAAGAGCGCGGUGUGGCAGAUGAAACAGGUUAGCAGUUACUAG